AUGACAGCUACGGCGUUGGAAAGCUAUUUACUAAAAGAGGAACCACAAACAAUCUGUGGAAAACAGGUAUCGUCAAUCGUUGAGGAUUACUUUCCCAACUUUCCUUCCAUUGUGGAUCGUUUCUAUACAAGAUACUAUUACAUUCAAUCUGGAAAAGAUUCAGAACCACACCAGAUUCUUUUCCACAGCAAUCGUAUUUGUCUGGUUGGUCUAGCUCCGGGCCAUGAAGCUUUCGCACGUGGUAUAGAAUCGAUCAGCUUCGAGGUGGGCAAGAUCGAUCGCAGCCGUAAUCAGGUCAGUGGAAAGAAAAAGGCGGGUGGAAUGAUUAUUCAGGCCGAUUCUACCCUGGCACUGUUGACCUGUAAAGAUGGAAGCGUUUUCAAAAUUCGGGGUUGCGUCCAGGGAAAACUAGUUGAAGUCAAUCAGAGGGUAAUAAAAGAUAUUGACCGGCUGGCCGUCGAAGGAGAAGGGUUUAUCGCAAUCGUUAUGCCUAAGCCGGAGCAAUGUGAAGCAAUCAAAGCGAAACUUUUAACAAAAGAACAGCUAUUGAUAACUAAAAAAUAAGAUAUUUCUUAGAAAUCAAUAAUUAUUUUUCAUUGAUAAUUAUACAAUAAUGUUUAAA